AAUGAAUGUUAAGUAAAAAAAAUUGUUUUUGAUUUAGUUGCAAGAAUAUUAGGAAGUGCAGUGUGAGUAGGUGUUUUCGAGGAGCGAGAAGAGAAGAUGGAGAAGAGAGAAGAGUUAUCAAAUUGUUCAAAGAUAUGCAAGAGAUGCAACCAUACAUACAACCCCGCUUCUAAUUCUUCCACAUCUUGCCGUUUUCACCCUUCCUUCUUCGUAUGUCGCCGUCACGACGACCAAAAAAGGUACUAUGAAUUGGGGCCAAAUGAUCCACCCUAUGCUGCCAAGUUCUAUGAUUGCUGUGGGGCUGAAGACCCCCAGGCAUUGGGAUGCACUACCUAUUUUCAUGUCUCUUAUGAUGAAGAAUGAUGUAAUAACUGACUCUUACAACUGUUACUAAGCACCGGACAAUCUGCUACCUUGUUAAUAACAUUUUCACCUUUCUACAUGUUUAUAAAUUCUACAGCCAUACUUUGUCA